AGUGCUGAGUGGUUAACAGUGUGACCUGGUUGUGUGAAUCAUUUGCACUUGCUGUCAUUGUGACACCGUGACCUCAUGUACAUGGGUCCCUCUCCAGUAUCCCCACAACUGAACAUCCUCAGAGGCAUGGAGUGUGAGUGACAAACACCUGUCACCAUGCAGGAAUCUGCCAGCUCCUUGGCAAUGGAUGGCUACUGUAGCAACGUGCCAGCUUUCCUAACCAAGCUGUGGACAUUAGUGGAGGAUCCUGAAACCAACCAUCUUAUCUGUUGGAGUGUGAAUGGGACCAGUUUCCAUGUGUUUGACCAGGGCCGGUUUGCCAAAGAGGUAUUACCCAAGUAUUUCAAGCACAACAACAUGGCCAGUUUUGUGAGGCAGCUCAACAUGUAUGGGUUCAGGAAAGUGGUGAAUAUUGAGCAGGGUGGCCUGGUGAAACCGGAACGAGAUGACACUGAAUUUCAGCAUCUGUACUUCCUGCAGGGACAUGAGCACCUUCUAGAACACAUCAAAAGAAAGGUUUCCGUAGUGAAGAACGAGGAGACAAAACUUAGGCAUGAGGAUGUCAGCAGGCUUCUGUAUGAGCUUCAGACCCUACGAGGACAACAGGAAAGCAGCGAGUGUCAGAUGCAAGACAUGAAGCAGCACAAUGAGGUGCUGUGGCGUGAGGUUGUCUCGCUCAGACAGAACCACUUACAACAGCAGAAGAUAAUAAACAAGUUAAUGCAGUUUCUAUUUGGACAGCUACCUCCAGGACCCACCAGCGCUGGGAUAAAGCGAAAGAUGCCACUAAUGUUGGAUGAUGGAAACUCUACCCUCCCACUGACUAAAUUCAGUCGGCACUUGCCAGUAGAUGCUCUGCAUGAUCCUUAUUACAUCCAGUCGCAAACAAUGGGAUCUACAUCAGCUCUGAACAGCCCUGCUCUUAGUGCCGGCCCAAUAAUAUCAGAUGUGACAGAUGCUCCACCCACUAAUGCAGUUGAAGCUUCACAUUCUUCAGAAGGAGAACGGGGUAAGUGCUUGCUGAUGAUUAAGGAGGAGCCCAUCAGUCCCAGUAUCAAUGGGUCAGCAGGGCAGGAUGUGUCACUAAACAACUGUAACAUUUGCACAGAUCCACCUGUCCUCCCAGUUGCAAUGGUUCAGUCUAUAUUGGAAGGAAAGGAAAGCUGCAGCCCCCCUCAGAUGUCAACAUCCCAGCUGAUUGAGGGGCAGACUAGAAGAAAUCCACAGGAGAGGCCUGAGAUGUCAGAUUCCUUGGAUGGAUCUGAGGUCAGUUUGGAGGGAUUGCAAUUACUGCUGAGGAGUCAGCAAUACAACAUGGACUCUGCUGCUGUCCUAGAUGUGUUCAGCUCUGGUCUGUGUGUGAGUGAGUGGAGUCUUUCAAAUGUGGACACAAGUUUAUCACCGAUGCAGCAACUUGCCAUAAAUUUAGAGAAAAGUGUUUCUGAGCAUCAACCAAAGGGAUUGAAUAUACAAUAUGCCAUCCCUUGUCCAGAUGAAAUGGCUAAUAUGGCAGCAUCCUCUUCCCUAUUUGCUGCCGAAGAAAACGCUGUGUCCUACCUCUCUUCAGGGACCCUUGCAGAUGAGUCUUCCUUGAAUUUGCAGCAACCACAUGAGCAGAAUGAGUGAUGCAUUUAUAGUGACACAUUCCUCUGUCUCACAUUUACAGCCUUCAUGAACUGCAUGUUAAAGAGUGUAAAUACACCUGCUGCAAUGUAUACAUCGCUGGAUUUAUAGAAAGGCAUGUUCAGCGGCAGUUGCCGUGUCUAUAGAGGGGAGAAUUUUACUGUAUGUACAUGAUGCAAACCCUAUCAAAGUCCUAAAUUUGUUCCUAGGUAAGGGGCUACAGAUGGAUUCAGUAACAGAAAUUGUUUAAGGGAAACAAGCACUGCUUGGUGCUUAGAAUAUUGCUGCAUAUUUUAUUUAAGGUAUACAAGUGCAAUAUUGAUUACAAUGAUUAUUUAUAUGUACAUAAUUGUAUAUUAUAUUAUUAUUAAGAAUGUUAUUUUUUUGCAGUUCUAUUUUAUGCUUAAGAAUGAAAUCAUAAUGCAUAAACUUAAGAGAAAAAUCUGAAGCUAUAUGUUCAGGUUAUACAGUAUAUAUCUGUACAACUAUAUAAUUCUUUAUACAGACCUCCUAUUCAGCAUGUUUAUUCAGCUUUUGCACAUACCCCAAUGGGAAUUCUAGUUUAGCAAGGCCUGCAUGGUCCUCCAGCCUCCUCUUACAUUUACUCUUAACUGCUUGCAUAUUCGCUAAUAGAUUUCUAAUGUGCAUACAGUAACUUUUCUUACUUGUCUUUUGACAUAUCAACACAUUCUUACGGUAUGCACUGAUGGCCCUGGGAGUUGAAAAGGACAAGUCUGAAAAUUGAUUUGCUAUU